UAAUCAUCCUAAAUUGACCAUGUUAUAAGUACUCAACAGCAGGACUCCAUCCUUUGAUGACAAGAAUCAACACGCAUCCUGAGUCGUCCCUUUAGCACUAUGGAUGAUCAGAUUUUGUCUAAAAUAUUCAGGAGAUGCCCACAUACAUUCGCGUUUUAUGAUCAAUCGAUGGGAUGCUGACUACACUUUGUUGAUUCAACAUCAAGAAAAUGAGAUUUCAUGAAUCUGUUCUUUUUUUGUGAAUAUCAGUGGGGCCUUCUGCUUUUCGACAGUGUUUCAAAGUCUCUAAAUAGUUUGAUAAUUAGUUGGAAGGCAUAUUCAUGGGUCACAAAAACUCAACUACACAAGAAUUUUUAAGUGGUGCCUACAUAAAAUGCAUAUCACUAGGACUUAUCAAUUUGCCAUUGGCCAUUGGCCUAUAUAAACACAAAAAAAAAGAAGCCUUAACCACCACAGCUCUCAACAAGACUUGAAACAUUCAAAGCUUUCCUCUGCUUUCAAAGUCCUUACAAGUUCUUUCUUUCAUUAUUUGCUCAGCUAUAUUGAACUAAAUAACCAUGGCUAUCCGUAUGCCUCGUAUAAUCAAGAAGUCUUCUACAGAUAAAGAUGUUCCGAAAGGCCACUUUGCUGUGUAUGUUGGGGAGGAACAGAAGAAGAGAUUUGUGAUCCCUAUAUCAUUCUUGAGCCAACCUUUAUUUCAAGACUUGCUUAGUCAAGCAGAGAAAGAAUUUGGUUUCGAUCAUCCAAUGGGUGGUCUCACAAUACCUUGCAGAGAGGAUGUCUUCAUUAACCUUACUUCUCGUUUGAGGAACUGAUGUGGAAACUUGCUUUCACAAUAUUAUAGGAAAGUAAAGCAUGAUUUACACAACCUGUAAAGUUUAUGUAUUGGAGGAAACAGUAGUUGAUGUUAGAACGAGGGAUGUUGCCUUUGACUAGGUAGAUUAGUGAACUUAUAUUUACAAAGCCUGAUUGUUAUUCAUGUCAAAGAGAUGAAUGCCCCUUUGACAAUUGGUCAAAGAUAUUGAAGUUCUGGUAAUUUUCUCCUUAUCUUUCAA